UUAAUUAUAUGGACAAAAGGAAUUGGUUUCCAACUAGUAAAAGUAGUCCCGGCGGGGCGGGGUUACGGCCUCUGACGUCGGCGUCCGGGCGCGCAGUUCAGUUUGGCGGUUCCGGAGUCGGGAGUAAGACCGGGGCAGAAUGUGGGCGCAAGUGAGCCGAGGAGCUGAGGAGUUUUACGCUCGCCUUCUUCAAGAAUUUAAUGAAGAAAAGAAAGGAAUCUGUAAAGACCCAUUUAUCUAUGAGGCUGAUAUCCAAGUGCAAUUGAUCAACAAAGGUCAACCAAACCCUCUGAAAAAUAUUCUAAAUGAAAAUGACAUAGUAUUCAUUGUGGAAAAAGUGCCAUUAGAAAAGGAAGAAACAAGUCAUGUUGAAGAACCACAAACUGAAGAAACUGCUAUUUCUGAUUUCUCUACUGGUGAAAAUGUUGGACCACUUGCUUUACCAGUUGGGAAAGCAAGGCAAUUAAUUGGACUUUACACCAUGGCUCACAAUCCUAAUAUGACCCAUUUGAAGAUUAAUCAGCCAGUUACUGCCCUUCCUCCCCUUUGGAUAAGAUGUGACAGUUCAGAUCCUGAAAGUACCUGUUGGCUAGGAGCUGAGCUCAUCACAACAAAUGACAGUAUUACAGGAAUUGUCUUGUAUGUGGUUAGUUGUAAAGCUGAUAAAAAUUAUUCUGUAAGUCUGGAAAACCUAAAAAAUUCACACAAGAAAAGACAUCACUUGUCUACUGUAACAGCCAGAGGCUUUGCCCAGUAUGAGCUCUUUAAGUCCACUGUUUUGGAUGAUAUAGUCACCCCAUCACAAACUACAAUCACUUUGGAUAUUUCCUGGAGUCCUGUUGAUGAGAUUCUUCAAAUUCCCCCACUCUCUUCAACUGCAGUUCUGAAUAUUAAAGUGGAAUCAGGAGAGCCCAGAGGUUGUUUGAAUCAUCUUCACAGAGAACUGAAAUUUGUCCUUGUUUUGGCUGAUGGUUUGAAGACUGGUGUGACUGAAUGGCUGGAGCCCCUGGAAGCAAAAUCUGCUAUUGAACUUGUGCAGGAAUUUCUGAAUGACUUAAAUAAGCUGGAUGGAUUUGGUGAUCCUACAAAAAAAGAUGCAGAGACAGUGAAUCAUGACACUGCUGCAGUUGAUAGGUCCGUACUUAUCACAGUGCGGGGUGAUCUUGAUUUUGCUGAACAACUUUGGUGCAAAAUGAGCAGCAGUGUGGUUUCAUAUCAAGACUUGGUGAAGUGUUUCACAUUGAUCAUCCAGAGUCUACAACGUGGUGAUAUACAGCCAUGGCUCCAUAGUGGGAGUAACAGUCUACUAAGUAAGCUCAUUCAUCAGUCUUAUCAUGGAACCAUGGACACAGUUUCUCUCAGUGGGACUAUUCCACUUCAAAUGCUUUUGGAAAUUGGCUUGGACAAACUAAAAAAAGAUUAUAUCAGUUUUUUUGUAGGUCAGGAACUUGCAUCUUUGAAUCACUUGGAAUACUUCAUUUCUUCAUCAGUGGAGAUACAAGAACAGGUUAAUCGUGUUCAAAAACUUCACCAUAUUCUAGAAAUAAUAGUUAGUUGCAUGUUUUUCAUUCAACUUCAACAUGAGCUCCUCUUUUCUUUAACACAAUCCUGCAUAAAAUAUUAUAAACAAAAUCCUCUUGAUGAGCAACACAUUUUUCAGCUGCCAGUUAGACCAGCUGCUGUAAAAAACUUAUACCAAAGAGAAAAGCCACAGAAAUGGAGAGUGGAAAUAAAUAGCGGUCAGAAAAAGGUUAAAACAAUUUGGCAAUUGAGUGACAGUCCACCUGUAGACCAUCUGAAUUUUCAGAAACCUGAUUUUUCUGAAUUAACACUAAAUGUUAGCCUGGAAGAAAGGAUACCCUUUACUAACAUGGUUACCUGCAGCCUGGUGCAUUUUAAGUGAAGUGAGCUGAGGUGGUCCUCCAUAAGCAUACACCAAAAAGAGUGGGGGGAAAAGGUAAUUAUAACAAAUCCAGAAAACAGACAUGAACAAACUUCCAAAGCAGAAAUAGGAGGACCAUCCUGAAGAUUUCUCUAUGAAAGACGAAGCUCCAAAAUUGGUGAUCUUGUCUCAACUCUGGCUCCUGAGGAGCAGCAUUAACAGCAGGGCAGCAAUGAGUGUGCAGAGGGUGCAGACUGUGGGGACCACGAUCUCCGAGACCAUGUGCAUGUGACUGAGCAAAGGCUCUGAAAUGGGACAGAGAACAACCACCAGGUGAGCUGCGUCCCAGAAGCUUUAAGUAUACUGGAAAAACUUGAGAAAUGACAUCAAGUUUUCUAAUUCUCAUUUUGUAGAAAAGGGAACCUAGUAAACUCAAUGUUAUUUAAAAAUUAGGGGUUUGGGGAUGUGGCUCAGUGGUAGUGUACUUGAGUAACAUGCAUAAGCCCUGGGUUUAAUCCCCAGCACCACAUGCACACACACACAAGUUAUGUGAGAGUUUAUAAAAUAUUUCAGAGAAUAUGGGAUUGCCUAAAUUUGGAUUUUUCUACAGGUAGUAUAAUAAAGGCUAAGUGUAUCGUUACUUAAUGCUUACCAUGUAUCUCUCUCAAGAUUAUUAACAGCCAUGUUUUACAGUUCCCAUAAUUUUUCAUUGGAGAGACUUAUGAAAGAAAAAUUGAGAAACAUUUCCAAACUUUCAAGCAUGUUAUUAUGUAUCUUAUGGGAAUUCCCAUAUUAAAAUAUCAUAUGGUGAUUCUUGCAUAGUUUGAUCUUUAAGAAUUAAAUGAUGAGCCUGUUUCUUGUACAUUGAUAUAAUAGUGAAUAUUUCUGUAAUACCCUUUUUUAAUUUUUCUGCUAGGCAUUCUGAUUACUGAGAUAAAUAAAGCACAGACUCUGUUCUUAUAGAGUUCAUAGGCUUUUAAGCAAAUUCUGUGUUACGAAUACAUUGUUUAUUUCAGUUUAAUGGAAUAUACAUCCUUAGUAUUGUCUCUGUUAUUUAGAUAUGGGAAGGUUUAUACAUAGUGAUAUACUGGCUCUUAAAAAUGUUGGCUUCAAAGAGUUUGCUUUAGUACUUUCUACAUUGAAUACCACAUUAAAGAUAAGUUUAUUGCUGCGCACAGUGGCACAUGCCUGUAAUCCAGCAAUGUGGGAGACUGAGGCAGGAGUAUCACAAGUUCAAGGCCAACCUGGGCAACUUAAUAAGACCCUGGGGGUGUAGCUCAGUGGUAAAGCAUUGCUAGGUUCAAUCCCCAGUAUGGGGAGGAAAAAUGAGUCUAGUAAAACAGUAUAUUUCUCUGAGUGUCCCUAUGGAGAGAAAAAAAAUUCAAAGAGGUGAAACGUGUUGCCAUUUCUUGAUACACAUUUGCAUCUUGGUUAUUCUAUAGCUUGGAUCCAUUUAGAUCCCAUUUCAUAAGAAAUGAUGCCUUCUGUGAGGGUAGGGACCUAGUUUUAUUCAUUGCUGUAUCCCCAGGGCUUAAAAUAACUCAUAGUUAAUAGUGAAUGAUUAAUAAUUAUUUGCUGAAUGAAUGAGUACAAGAGCUAAAGUAUUCUUGACCUUUUCUUCAUUCCUGUAGGUAUAAUGGUUAACUUUUCCCUUCCUUCUAUAAGCCCACUUUAACAAAAAUGGUAGGUAUAUAAAUUUACAAUGUGGUUCAGAAAGAAUAAAAUUUCAGUAGUUGAAACAUUA